ACAGCUGGCGCCACUACUUAUGACCGCGAUAGACGGCUAGCCAAAGAUCUUGAAUCGGCCACGGGCGUUUCAGUGCUCAGUCAUCGAGUCAAGAAACCAGGCUGCAAAGAUGAGAUCAUGGCACAUUUUGAAAAACACCCCGAGACUGGAGUGACACACCCAAGCCAGGUCGUUGUUAUUGGAGACCGUCUCAUGACUGAUAUGAUGCUAGCCAACAUGAUGGGCAGUUGGGGGAUUUGGAUUAAAGACGGGGUCAAGCCCAUCCAAGAAGCCCUUUCGAAUAAAAUGGCCUUGGCCGAUCACAAGAAGCCCUCAUUGAGAAAAACUAGACCGCCUUUGAAGCAUUUGCCGGUAACCCUCAUGCUUUUCGCCCUUCUCCUUCACCAAUCUGACCUGCUCAAUACAUGUUCAAGUUGUAGAAAUUAACAAACACUUCAUUGAUGUUGACUAAGGCCACCUUCCACAAAACAAACAUGACGUUAAAAGCGCAUAGCAUUGGCUGCGUUCCUCAGAACUCACAUCACAACCGCUCUAGAUUCUCGUAGCGAGCCCUCCCAUGCCUCAAAGGUCAGACAGCCAGGUUCCGUUAGCG